AUGUGUGGAGCUUCAGAUUCCACUUUCUCUCUUCCUGCCAGCCAUCUGUCGUUCUUUUUACCAGAUUUGCAGCCGUCGAAAUCCAUUGGGUCCUCCUCCCUCGUCAACGCGUCGAUGCAGUCAAGCGAUGGGGAUCACGCGCUUCCGCUAUCUCUCUCAACGAUUCCUCGACCUCUUCCAUCGUCCAAUGCGACACUCAACGAGAUACCCUCCUCACAGCAGCAGCAGCAGCAGCAGCAGCAGCAGCAGCAGCAGGUAGACCGGUCGUGCCUCCAGGAGGUCGAUUUCUUUCGACCCCACGCAGAACCUUCUGCUGCCAGAUCUUCCACCGCAACGGUCGCUGCAUCCGAGUCGGCUCCCGCUAGUACCGCCGCAGCGGGUCCUCGACGAACUCGUCAUGGGGACCAUCGAAGCGCUGAACCAACGACCAGGCCGUGUGUCGACUACUCAGUCGCAUCCGUAACACCCCAUCCGCACCUCCCCUCGGCACAGCAGAAACCGCCGUCGGCGGGUCGAUCCGCGUUAUUGGCGUCUUCGUUAAUGGCGUCAGUAGCUGAGUGGUCCAACGUGAUGAUGCCGCCGCCAGCGACAGUAGCGACUGCCAAGAGCCCUCUACCAGGCUCGUCUCUCACCAACGAUAUGCACAGACCCAUUACCGCCCUUCGCCUACCGACGGGUAACCCGUUUGGCGACAAGCUGCGGGGAGACGAGACACCGGAAGUGGGCAAUGGGUCGGCGAAGAGGCCUCGAUGCGAGAGCCCGUCGCAUCAGCUGCUACCCAGUCUGAGCAGCAGCACGGCCUGCACCGCCAAUAUCCGCACUAGUAGCCACCCGGCGAUUACACGAUCUGGCCGAUCCCACCCGCCACCACCCGUCCCUAGCAAGUUCUCCUCGGCGAAUCUCGUGCAGGAUAUUCAGAAAUCGGCGCGCGGAGACCUGUCGCUGGACCUCCCCCCGCCGUGCUGCUCCUGGAUGUGCACCUACUUCUCCGUGCCCUGCCGCAAGAAACGCCGCCUCGCGCCGUCCUCGACAACCAGCGGAAGGACCAACAGCGUCAGCGCGGCUAUCAGCGGGAGCAUGAUCAGCGGCGGGGGCGACAGCGGCGUGGUCAGGAGGCGGAGGGCGGCUCGCCCCGUCGCGCUUCCCGCGUCAAGCGGUACCAGCCUUUCCGGCGCGGCGGGAGGUCCGCGUAACCCGCCGCGGGAUCCGACGGGGAGGGCGGCGAGCGUGGAGGAGGAGCGGGACGUAUGGGCAAGGGAGGACCAAUCCAAGGCCAGCGGUAGUAAAGGCGGUGCACAUCUGGCGAGAUGCGAGAGUGCGAACGGCGGGGAUUCGUCGGUGCACGGAGACUUCAAUACCGCGCUGGCGUCAACGUUAGCAGCAGCAAGAGGCGGUCCGUCAGCAGCAGCAGCAGGAGCCACGUCAGCGGGAAGAGUAGGUGCGUCAGCAGCAGCAGGAGGUGGCGUGUUUACACCGGCAGGAGCGGGCAGCCAACCAGCAGGCGCUUCGGCAUCCGAGCUGCUGGCGUCGUACGCGGCGUCGGGCUGCGCGUCGCCUGCUCUCCGCGCGUUCCUCGCGCUCUCCCCGAACCUGUCGUCCCUGCUCAACCCUCCCUGCGCUCCCCCUUCCGCGCUGGCGGCUUCGGAUGGUGCGUCCGCGCUGCUUCGGCGGCUGCAAAGUGACUCCGCUGCUGCCGCCGUGUCUGCCGCUGCUGCUGCUCGCAUGCACCUGCUGCAGCAAGCCUCUGCCGCGCAGCAGCAGCAGCAGCAGCAGCAGCAGCAGCAGCAACACCAGGUGGUGUUACGAGAGCAGCAACAAGAGCAACAGGACACGCCUUGGCAUGCGCCGGCUCCCCCCAGUGGUGGCGGCUGUGGCCAUUCUGCUGCUGAUCCCAGAGUGUCGAGUUUUAUCGCAGCAGAGUCAGGCCGGGAUGCUUGGAAGUCUACGGCUCUUGACCUCUCCCUGCGUUUGUGA